AUGCAUUUAUCAAAAAGUAUCAAUAAAUUAACUUUAGAUUCUUUUACUUCAUCAAAUUUAGAUAAAACAAAUUCAAAUAAUACAAUAAAUUCAAAUAAUUUUUAUAACCCCAAUGAUACAAAUGAAAUUUUAAAUUUUCCAUCAAUUAAUAUAAAAAAUAUUGAUUAUGAUUAUUUAGAAAAAAAAUUUCAAAUUUAUCAAUAUUUUCCAAAUCAUAUUCAUAAUUCAAAUUGUUCUACUCCUAUAAUAAAAGAUUUAAUAUUAGAUAAACCUAUUUAUAAUGAUGCAAAUAAACAUGUUAAAAAGAAAAAAAAGAAGAAAUCUAAAAAAUGUGGUGAUUUAAAAGAAAGUAGAAAAUUAAGAAAAGAACAAAGAGAACAAAGGAAAGAAUUUCAUAAUGAACAAAAGGAGCAAAUGAAAGAAAUGAAGAAUGAAAGGAAGGAAUUGAUACAAGAACAAAAGCAGGAGAUGAAGGAUUUAAAACAACUGCAACAACCUAUAAAAAAAUCAUAUUGUGGUCAUUAUACUAAAAAAAUAAAUAAUAUUCAUAAUUCAAAUGGUGGUAGUAAUGAUAUAAAUCAUAAUAUUGGACAAAUAAAUCCUUAUCAAAUGAAAACUCAAUUUUCAGAAAAUACAAUAACAUCAAUGUCAAGAUCAAAUUCUCAAUUUACUCAAUUUACAAAUAAUGAAUAUUAUAAUAAUUAUGAUACAGAAAAUGAAGAAUCAUUUGAUGAAUUUAAUAAUAAAUCGAUGAAUAGUAAUCAAAAUACUAUUGGUGGUGGUUAUGAUUCUGAAAAAACUGAAGUUGAAGAUGAUCAAUUUAAUCCAAUAUUAUUUAAUAAUCCUUUUGAUUUUGGUGGGAAAAAAUUACCAUCAACAAUGGCAAUGUCAAAAAGUUCAUCAUUAUAUAACAACAAUUAUACAACCACUGGAAAACUUGCAAAUUCUUCAAUUAAUACAAGAAAUAAUUCAAUAAAUAUUCCAAAUAUUAAUAAUCCUUUACAACCAAUGUAUCUGAAUAAUACAACUACAUUAAAUGGUUCAAAAAAAAGAUCUUCUUCUAUUACAUUAAUUAAUAAUAGUCAAAACUCGUCUCAAAAUAGACAUAAUAAUGGUAAUAAUAACAAUGGAAUCAAAAAUGUACCUCAAAGAAGAUCAACUUCAAUUGCAUCAAAAUUUAUAAAUAUGUUUGGAGGUAACAAUAAUAAUCAUAAUCAUCAAAAUCAAGAUCAAAUAGAUGAUGAUCAUUUUUAUAGUGAAGAUUCAAUAGAUACAGAAAAUGAUAAAGAUGAAGAAAAUUUAAUUAUUGAUGAUAUUGAAUCAUUUAAUAGUAGUGGAGGUGGUAAUGGUAUAAUAAGAAAAGGGUCCAUAAUAAAUCAUAAAAUUGGUCACUACAAUAAUAAUAAUAAUAACUCAAAUUUACAACAAUCAAUAAGUAUGAAUCAUCAAAAUAAUUCAAAUCCAUAUAUGAUAAUGAAUCAACAACAACCAUCAAGUUAUUAUGGAUCACAUCCACAUCCUAGCUAUAAAUUAAAUCAUCAACUGCACCAAAAUCAUCAACAAUUUGAAUCUUAUCCAAUACAAAAAUCAAAUACUUUUGAUCAAACAAAAUCUUCCAAGACAUCAUUAAAAAAUAAAUUAAAAAUGAAAUUAAAUAAUGAAUCUAGGCGUUAUAGUGAACAAUUUGGUAUGUAUAUUUUACUUCUUUACUAA